CACACCUGCCCUGGUGCUCCCAUCCCCAAGAACAUCUUCCCCGCUACCUUUUUGCUAAACUUUCCCUAAAAUUCCCACAAUGUCCAAGAUAGAAAAGACGAUACAACGGCAGCAAGAAAAGAUCGUAGAAGGCCAGUUCUACGAAGCCCACCAACAACUCCGCGUCAUCGCCUCACGCUACACGAAACAAUCCAACUGGCCAGCCGCAACCGACAUCCUAUUCUCGGGCGCCCAGUCCCUCCUGAAAGCCGGCCAAGGUGGUUCUGGCGGCGACCUAUGCAUAUUCCUCCUCGACGUCUUCAACAAAGCUGAGACUAGGCCUGAUGCGGAGAGCAAGGGAAAAUUGUUGAGCUUGUUGCGCGCGUUUCCAAAAGAGGAGCCGACGAGGAAGAAGUUCGUGAACGAGAUGGUUGCGUGGAGCUCGAGGUGGGGAGAGUAUCCGGCUGGCGAUCCGGAGAUACAUCAUGUUGCGGGAACCUUGUAUGCGGAUGACUUGGAGCCGUACGAUGCGGAGCGGCACCUUAUCCUGGGUACCAAAGACUCCCCGGAGACGCUCGCACAACUCGAAUAUUCCUGGUAUACUGUCGAUGAAUCACAUACUGCGCCUCUCUACGCGGCUCGCGCAAUCCUGCCCUAUCUACUCACGGGAAACCUGCGCGCUGCAAAUAAAUUCUUCCUCCUUUUCACCUCCCGCUUAUCUCGAGGUUCUAAUCUCAGCGUCCAAGAAGUCUCAACGUCAUCUUCCGACCUCAGGGUAUAUCCCAGUCUUCCGUUACUGAAUUUCCUUGGGCUAUUGCUGUUAGCAGUGGAGAGGGGAGAAGCGGCGCUGUUCAGGCAGCUGAAGAGUCAUUAUGCUGUUCAUCUCAAGGAUAUGAAUUGGGGUGAGGCGUUAGAUCAGAUAGGGGAAAUGUACUUCGGUAUCAAGAUGCCAAGACAAGGAAAUCCGAUGAUGGACAUGCUGGGAAACAUGUUCAUGGGUGGCAUGGGCGGAGGUGGGAAGAAAGGGAAGAGCAUCGAUACCCCCGCACCUGCACCAGGACUAGAUUGAGGUGAAAAGGAGGCGGUGUGAAAUACCAUGAGAUGGAUUUCAGUACAUCGAAGCGCACAGCUUUCCAGUAUCCAAGCCAUUCUGGUACCUGGGCAGGUAGAGUACGAAAUAUCACGUCUACCACCG